AUGAAAAAAAGUACUAGCUCCUUGGUUGAUAACUCAAAAAUGGCAUUUUUUAAUGAUGGAAAUUAAUUGUUUACUACAGCAAUUGACAAUAAUCUUCAAUUUCUUGAUCAAGGGAUUUUUUAAAUGACAUAUUAAAAAAAGGAAACUUUAGUAACAAUUUAUUUGGCAGAAACCAUUCUAAAAAUUUGUGAUAAAGUAUUUGUAGAGUUAAAAUUAGAAAUAAGAUAGAUAUAUCAAUAUUGAAAAUUCUUAUUUGAGAGGUGUAAUAAAUUAAAAAAGCAAAUAAUUUGGUUUUCGAAUCUGCAAAAAUGGAUAGCAUGUAGAAUUUUUUGGAAUACAUUUAGAAUUCUUGAAUAAAAUUAAGAUUUAUAUGAUACAAUCUGAUUUUUAAUCAAAGUAUUAAAUAAUUUCUAAGAUAGGAAAUGGAUAUUUGUCUUCAGUAAGUAUUUUUAAUAAAAUUAGGUUUAUAAAGUUUAGCAUACUAUUAGUGGUUAAGAAUGCGCAGUUAAAAUCUAUGAAAAAUCAAAUCUAAUUAAAAGUAGCAGUUAUGAGAAGGAGUUUUUAAUGAAUGAAAUUAAUAUUUUGAGAUAGGUAAAUCAUAAGGGAUUAUUAACAUUAUAAGAAAUUUUUGAAGGAGAAAAAAAUAUAUAUAUAGUUACAGAAUUAUUGGAAGGAGGCCCAAUCAAAAAAUAUAUAUUUAAUUAGAAUCUUUCUGAUUAAGAGAUGAUAAAAAUCAUGUAGUCCCUUUUCGAUUCGUUAAAUUACUUACAUAAAUUAAAUAUUUAUCAUACAGAUAUUCGAUUUGAUAAUAUUUUACUUCGGGAUUCUAUGGAUCUACAAUCAACUUGCUUAAUUAAUUUUGGAAAAGCAGUUUAAUUUCCUUAAAAAAGAAGGAGUAUAAUUAAUUUGACUCCUCAAGAAGAAAGUGCCUAAAAAUUUUAUAUGAAAAAGGACAUAUAUUCUUUAAGUAUUAUCAUUUUGAGUAUUUUUACUAAAAAGUUUUAUUAAGAAAAUUAGUUGGUUGAUGAAUUACUGAUGAAAAACUUUAAAAAUAUCAGUUAUAUUGAGUAUAUGGAAUUAUCACCUACAUUAUAGAGGUUUUUCGAAAUGAUUUUUACAGAAAAGUAUAAAAAAGAAAUUGAUACUCUAACUUGUGAAAAUAUUUUGGAAUUCGAAGUUUUCAAAGUGCCUUUAAAACCUAGGAAUUCUAAAAUACAAAUUUCUUAAAAUUUAAAAAGUUUAGUGAGAAGAACAAGCAAAUAUGAACCAAGGUUAUCGCAAAGGGAAAAAUUAGAACAGACAUUAAAUAUAAUUAAAUUGCCUCCAAUCCAUGGAGAUUCUCCAACAUCAACAGGUAAAACACACUCUACUAGUCCAUAAUCGGAUCGUUUCAUCUCUAAUUAAUUAGCUUCUUUUUUAAAGGCUGGCCACUUUACUUAAAGAAAAAAUGCUUUAAAAUAAAAUAUCAUUAUAUGA